AUGGCCGAGUCCCUUGACUUACGUCAGACAGCAUCUGCGGAAGAAGAAGAGGAUUGUAUAUUAGAGAACUUGAGGCAUAUUGAUAAAUUUACGACGGCUGUAAAAGCAAGAACAGGCAGUAUGUCAACGAAAACUAGAGACGAGCUCCUAUUUGGCGGCCAAGACAAUCAUUUCAUAGUGGGAACUGACGGAAAUUAUAAAGUGUGUCUGGACGAGGGCGUCGCGCCCACUCCAGGCUCCUGCACCGUCCUGUCCUUCGGCAUCAACAACGAGUGGAGCUUUGACGACGCCAUGGAGGAGUACGGCUGUGAUGUGUACUCCUUCGACCCCACCAUGAGCGACCCCGAGCACAUCCGAGGCAAGAGGGUUCACUUCUACCCUCUGGGCCUCGGCGGUGUCACCCAAGAAGUCGAUAUUCUCCUCUCCAAGUCAAUAUUCUCUGCUAAAUGUCAGGUGCUCACCUAUCGUGACAUCCUAGCAAAGAUCGGCAAGACGAACUCAGUCAUCGACUACUUGAAGGUCGACAUCGAGGGCUUCGAGAUUGACUUCCUAGAGAACGUGCUCUACGACGACCAGGAACUACUCUUCAGAGUCAAGCAGAUCGGCAUGGAACUACAUCCAUCGAUUUUCGCAAGUGAAAAUACGUCGGUGAGAAAGCAGAAGUACUGGCGGCUCGUCCACAAGCUGCGAAGUUUAGGUUUCACACCGAUAUUCGGUGAGCCCAUUCCUGUAUGGCUCCUCUCAUACACGUACGAUGGAAAAACAGAAUCACUUUGUUGUUAUGAAAUGGUAUGGAUUAAUAACCGCUUUGUGAAGAAAUGAGUUUUUAUUCAAAGUUUCUAACAACACAAUUUAUAUGAGACAUUUCGUAUUAUUGUUAUGAGCAUAAGGGUAAGAAUCACGAAUGCAAGUCAUUAGGGAUGAUACUAAUAGAAGCAUGGUACACGCAACAAAAUAUAUAACGGGUAAUGCAUAACAAGCUUGUUUAAUUUCAUUUUUUCAUAAUACGCAAUUUGCCGCGAUUAAAUGAAAAUGAUGGUUUAGCGUAUCUAAUUCUUUAUUGUUACCUAUUCAUGUAACAACCACCACUUCAUAGCAUGUGAACUCUCUUAAAAUUACAGCAAAUUUCACGAUUACACUCGGGUUCUCUUAUUGGCUGUGGGAGUUCAAAUGAAAGCUUAACACGGCAUAGAUGUCAAGUACAUAAAUUGCCUUAUAUGGCUGCAAGCAAAGCGAUGUAGGAUUUUAAUGCGCGAGCAAAAAAAAAUCUAGUUGAAAUGAUGGUAAUUCACUUUCGUAAAAUCUCUCAGUCCUGAUCAAUUUAAUAGAAUGACUUUGUUGAAUGCAAAAUUGUCGUGUUUAGAACACACAGGAGUAUUUUAUUAUUUUUUCAAUGUCAAAAAGUUUCAGGAUCAGUGUCAAUUUAAGAAAUUCUAUACCUAAUGGGAGGAAAAUAAUAAAAUACGAGCUAUUGAAAACAAUGGAAUGUGUCCUGAUGUAUCCACAACCUUAUUAUAGACCUCUGCAUUGUAUGCUGUGUUUCUAUUCCUAAUACAAGCUCUUAGCAAGAAAUAUUUUUUAGGUAACAGUAAGUAACAAUAAAACUGUUGUAAGUAGCAGUAUUUACCAACAAAAAAUUUUUAAGUAGCUGUAAGUAAUCAAAAACUUUUGUGAGUAGCAGUGAGUAACAAUAACAUUUUUGGAAGUUUUUUCUUUUUGGCAGUAACUAACCAUAAAAAUUUUUGUAAGAAGUAUGUAACAAUAAGAACUUUUUAAGUCGCAGUAAGUAAACAUAAAAACUUCUGUAAGUAGCAGUGAGUAACAAUAAGAUAUUUUGUACGUAGCAGUAAGUAACAAUGAGAAAUUUUGUAAGUAGCAGUGUAGCGGGCCAGAUAUUGGCCUCGUUUUGUGUACUAGGUUUCAAGAUGCCGCUCUCCUCGAAAGAAAACUGCCUAGAAAAAUGUACAAGCGGAACUGUCUGCGGAUGUUGUCUAACUCUAGUAGGCAGCGACUUUACAUAUCAUUACCAUUAUUGUGCCUAUCUCUGUUGUAUUAACUUUCUUCGUCAUCUGGACCUCUCAAGUGUAAUUGUAUUUUGCGUUUCCAAAUAAUUACUGUAAAUCUCUUGAGUAAACAUUUACCUGAACUUCAUCCUUAGUUCAGGCCAAUGUUGACGUCCGCGUAUAUUAGUUGUUUCAAUUGUCCACGAACCCUAUGGACCCGCUGGCAGAGACCUAGAAAGCUUUAGAUGAAGUAGUUUCCCGCUACAGCAGUAAGUAAACAUAAAAACCUUUGUAAUAAGCAGUGAGGAACAAUAAGAACUUUUGUAAGUAGCAGAACAAUACUCCAAAAGAGCAUCAUACUUUCUUCGGUGCUUCGUUGCUACGUUGUCAAUCCUAUCAGAGUUGUGGCAAUUCCAGGAUAACUAUAGCCCUCAAUUUCCUCAUUCCCAAUUCUAUACGAUACUCGAUCGAAUAAAAACAUCAGACCAUUAUCGAUAACUGACAUUCUAUCACCUUUGAAGUUAUAAUUACUACCAUCUUUUUUCGUUAAAGUCCCUUCGAUGCAUAGGUAACUGUCUGAUGGUAGUAUAAACUGAUCUUGAUACCGAAUAAUAAACUUGCUUUCAUUGCGUUCACGAUUUAAAUCAGUUCUAAUUUGAGGCUCAUAAUCAUGAGUUUCAUCAACAUUAUGAAUUGAUUCAUCAAUUCAUAUCCUGGGGAACAUUGUAUGAUACCCAUUGUAUGAUAUCCAUAUUCAUUCAAUUGUAUAUCCUGGGGGAACAUUGGGAAGAAAUGUGUACACGAUAUAGUUAAAAUCACUAUUGAGAUACGAUCCUUUGAUUAUACUGCCAAUGAACAAGUAUUGCAUUAACAGAAAUUAUAUUUACUAUAUUUGUACUAUCAUGUUCUACAACACUUUCCAACACUCCAGUAUCAAAGCCUAACAGAGUAUGUAGACUGUUGAGUUUGCUGAAAUAAAUUUUCAAGUCAAAAUCACGAUUAGUUAUUACACAUUUCAGAGUAUUGGUGUUCGAUCUUGUAUCAAUCGAGUACUCGUUUCCGUAUGCAUUUUUGAUAAUCUUAUUCAUACUCUCUAUCUCAUAGCAUCCGGUCGGUAUAGUUAUAGGGAUUACUAUACCAUGUUUCCCAACAGAAAUAUUAUACAGAAAUAUAUAUUAUAUUAUACAUAUUAUAUGAGACAAAUAAUAUAAUAUUAUAAUAUUAUAUUAUUUGUCUCAUCGAUAUUCGGGAUGGAGUGACACAUAUCCAGUCCCACCAAUGCCAUUCAUGAAAUUUGUUUGUAUCCAAUUUUAUUGGUGGCGUGAAAUUCGUGUCGUAUAUCACUGUUUCCACAGGUAAUAACUAAUUUUUGUAAUUCAAUUUUCUUAAACAAAAAUCAUUCAAUAGUUUAACAUCACGCUCAAUAAAUAAAUUUUGUUUAUAAAGCCAAAUAACAAUUGAUGUCCUGCAACAGUAUCAUUGACGUUAGUAGCUAAAACUAUUAUUCCUGAUCCUGAAACAUCUGAAUCAAUAUCUGGUCUUGAUUCCGGAGCUCGAUCCCUAGACGAUGUGGGACAUGCAGCUUUUAUUCUAGUAACUUCAUAACAUUAAUUUUAUUUCUGCAUCACUUUAUAGAGUGGUUGGAUGAAUUUGUUGUACUUCUCUCUUUUGUUUGCUUUUAUUGUUCCAUCCGGCUUGAGAUGAGCCUUAGUCUGUCUCAAAAUCGUUAGAUAAUUUGCCACAUAAUUUUCUUCAUAUUUUUCAUGAGAUUGUUUUAUUAGUAGCUCCCAUAACCCAACAGUUCCUUCAAAGACUUCAUUACCAAUCCCUAAAUCAUUACCUUGGAUGCUGACAAUUAUUGUAUCUCCUAGCAUAAUGUUUUUACCAUCAAAUUUAAUGCCAUAAGCUCUGUCAUACUCAGAUCCAGGUUUGAACGCUAGAUUUUAAAAAGUUUCAGCUAUUGAACUAGCUAGUCCUUUUCAGUCGGAUUUUUUUGAGUCUGGUAGAUUUAAUGCCAAUUUUUUAGCAGAUUUGUUUGUUAAUAGUUCUCUGGGAGCAUCUUUCAGAGCUAACCAUUUAUGCUUAGUUUCUUCUACCAUUUACUGAGAGGUUCAAUUAGAGGCUUAUAUAAUUUUUUAGCAUCAUUGUAUAAGUCUUCUUCCGCAAAUUUUUCUUGUGUGAAUAGUUUUUUAAGUCGCUCUUUAAUUUUAUAAAAUCUUGUUUUGUUUUAUAUCAAUUCACGUCAUUUUAUUAAGUAAAAUAUCUCAAACAACUUGAACUCAA